UUGCUGAUUUUGGUGAUUUAGGCGACAUGGCACAGCAAAUAUAAGCAACAUUGAGACUGCGCAGGUAGCGCCAUCUUUUCCGGACUUGUGCGUCGUCCAUAUUGCGUGCUGCGCAAGUAGGUCUCCCAAAUUUGUGAGAAUUUUAUUGUGAAAAACGUCAACUAAGCAGUCUUGACAUGCCGAAGAACAAGGGAAAGGGAGGUAAAAACAGGAGAAGAGGAAAGAACGAAAAUGAAACAGAAAAGAGAGAACUCGUCUUCAAGGAGGACGGUCAAGAAUAUGCUCAAGUUAUCAAAAUGCUCGGCAACGGACGGCUAGAGGCCAUGUGCUUUGACGGCAUGAAGAGACUCUGUCACAUCCGAGGAAAACUGAGGAAAAAAGUUUGGAUAAACCAGGGCGACAUCAUUUUAGUUGGUCUGCGGGACUAUCAAGAUGCCAAGGCAGAUGUCAUCCUCAAAUACAACCCAGACGAAGCGCGAAACUUGAAGUCCUACGGAGAACUGCCCGAGCACGCGAAAAUCAACGACACUGUCAACUUUGGCGAAGAGGAGGAGGACGACAACAUUGAGUUCGACGAAGUCAGUGGCGACGAGGAUAUCGAAGGGGUAAGCCGUCGUGUCAAGCACCCCCAGAGUCAAUCCCCACGGUAUCACCAUUUGCAGAAUGUCGAACGCCACUGGUUUAUGUCGCCUCCCUUUCAUGUGAAAUUUACCAUUUUUCUCCCGUGCUUGUGUCGUGUGGAGUCAGCAGAAGUAAAAGGUAAUAAAGUGCUAUUUAUUUCCCUCGCUCCCCGGCCCAAGGAUUUGCAGACAGCAAGGACUGUGCCGUCGUGAAAACAGUUUGCGCUUGGGUGUGCUGUCGCAACUGCAGCCUUGGUGAGGUCCAAGAAGCCCUGCUGCCGAAGUUGCUAGCACCCUGUCCGGACUUUGAAGAAAGAAAAAAAAAGGCAUGUCAUGAGCGACAGCUGUGUGCUGCUCUAGUUUUACCAGUGCCCGAUUGAAGUGGGUGAAUCUGGACUCUUCCUGUGUUACUGCAGUUUGGCUGGGCCAUCCAGUAAGGAACCCUACUGUGUCAACUAGCUCUGUUGUAGCUGUUGUAUUUGAAGCUGUUACCACUCUGUUGGUCUAUUGUUUUUACCGUGGUGUGUGCAGGGCAGCGGCAAAAUUGUUGUGUGGUUGUAGACAUUAAAAAAGGCUGCUUCACUUGGAUGUUUAAAGUGUAUAUUUUGAUGUGUGCGAUAAUGGCUGCAGGAAGCGCGUUUCACAUCAUAUUUUUUUCUGCUUUAUCUUAACGUCUGUGAAUAAGAAAAUGAUGUAACAAAGUACUAAUAAAGACAUUACUGCCAAUUCGA